AUGAUUGCUGUACACCACCACCCCACUGGACUGCUUAAGACAGCUAAAAGUGUUGGAUUUCAAUAUCCUACGACAUUAAGGUUAUUCCACAUCGGUUAUGUUCUAGGCGUAAUAUAUGGAUUACUGUUAUCACUCGUAUUAACAGCGAGAGAAAACUACUACUCAGAUGCUAGUAUGAUCAGUACCAUCGUACUGGGAGUAAUCAUCUCUGAGACAGGAUUAUUUAUAAGCUUUUUCUGGGGAGUAUAUACUACGAGUUGGACUACUGGUUUAGAUCUUGAAGGUCUUUGUUUACCGGAUCCAAGUUCUAUUGUGCUCUUCAUGACCAUCAUGUUAAGUGCAUUAAGUAUAGUGGUAUCCAGCGUAUAUUUGAAAAACCAACAUUUAUAUACAAGCUGUACAAAUAUCAUGAUAUUCACUUUGGUAGUCUCCUUCCUAAUGUUAGUCUGUACGGAAUACACGGAUCGGAUUCUUGUUGGCCUGGCACCUGUUUAG